GCGCCAAAAUUUCCCAAAAAAGCUCAGCUACGCCGCCAAUAAACCCUCUCCUCUCUCCAUUUUCACCCUUCGAUCGGGUUCCUCAGGGCGAAGGAGACGCCAAGGAAGCGAGGAUGGUGGCUGCGAAACCAGGGAAAGGCGUGAUCGUCAGGCCGAAGCCGGCCCCGAAGAACCCUAGGAACGUCCUCCACAUCGGCGGCGUGCCGGUGGAGUUCCCGUACCAGCCGUACGGGACUCAGCUCGCGUUCAUGGGCCGGGUCGUGUCCACCCUCGACCGAGCCCUGAGGGAAGGCCGCUGCCACGCGCUGCUCGAGUCGCCGACCGGCACCGGGAAGUCGCUCUCGCUGCUCUGCUCCGCCCUCGCCUGGCAGCAGAAUCACAAAUCCAAGGGCCAGGUCGCGAAUCCAUCGCAGUCCAAGGGUGCUCCGGAGGCGUUGGUGGAUCCGUUGAAUUACGGCGGCGGGUUCGUUCCUGAGGCGGAGCCUUCAGGCAAUACAGCGCCAGGAAAUCUCGAGCCAGUUCAGUCAGUACCAGUACCAGAUGGCAAGAGUAAAAAAAAGUCAAUACCCACCAUCUUUUAUUCAACGAGGACACACUCUCAAAUUUCUCAAGUCAUUCGAGAAUAUCGGAAAACUGCUUACCGGGUGCCAAUGGCUGUUUUGGCCUCUCGGCGACAUUAUUGCACAAAUUCAAAAGUCCGAGGGAAAGAGAACAUUGAUGAAGAAUGCAAGAUGCUUCUGCGAAAUCGAGAUGGUGGAUGCUGCGAAUUCCAAAAUGCUAAUAAAGUUAAAGCGCAUCCUUCCCUUCAGAAAGGGGGUUGCCACGAGGCACAUGACAUAGAAGAUCUUGUGAAAAUCGGUCAAGUUGUGAAAGGCUGUUCAUAUUAUGCAGCAAGAUCUAUGGCAGAUUAUGCACAACUUGUUUUCUGUCCAUAUAACUACAUCAUUAAUCCAGUUGUUCGGGGAGCGAUGGAGGUGGAUAUAAAGGAAGCAAUCAUAAUUCUUGAUGAAGCCCACAAUAUAGAGGAUAUUUGUCGUGAAGCUGGUAGCGUGGAUAUUGAAGAAGAUAUUCUCCAAAAAUUGCAGGAUGAACUGGAGCAACUUUGCCCUGUCAACGCCAUGAUUUAUCAACCUUUAUGUGAAAUGGCACAGGACCUCAUGAGUUGGAUGGAGCGGAAAAAGAGUUCAUUAGAGAAGCGAGAUUUUCAGCACCAUGUCUCUUGUUGGACGGGUGAUGAUGCCGUGAGAGAGCUUCAAGAGGUUCAUAUAUCACAGCAAUGCUUCCCAAUUUUGUUAGAUUGUGCUACAAAGGCAAUUAAAGCUGCUACAGAUUUGGACUCUGAAGACCCCCAUUUAAGUGGCCUGUCUGUGAUCACGCUAGAAGGGCUAUUCUCCGCACUUACUUAUUUUUUCUCUCGAAAUGGGGGUCAUACAUUUGAUUAUCAGCUUUCUCUGCAGCGGUAUAUCAAGCGAGAUAAAAAACAGGGCAUUGGCUACCCGAUACAUAUUUUUAGUUUGUGGUGCUUAAAUCCGGCAGUGGUGUUCAGAGACAUCGCUGAUCUCUCCUUGUCAGUAAUUUUAACAUCUGGCACACUAUCACCAACGAACUCCUUCUCAACUGAGCUCGGUGUUCAAUUUGGCACUUGUCUGGAAGCUCCACAUGUGAUCAAUGUCAAAUCACAGGUAUGUGCUGCUGUAGUUUCAACUGGACCCGAAAAUUAUCCUUUGAACGCGAGCUAUAAAACAGCACAUGUGUAUGCAUUCCAGGAUGCACUUGGCAAAACUUUGGAGGAAAUUUUUAAGAUUGUUCCAGGUGGAUCUCUUGUGUUCUUCCCAAGUUACAAGCUGAUGGAAAAACUAUGUAGUCGAUGGCAUGAAACAGGUCAAUGGUUACGGCUAAGUGUACGAAAGUCCCUCUUUGUGGAACCAAGGGGAGGGGGCCAGGAAGAUUUUGAGGCUGUUUUGAAAGGUUAUUACGAUUCAGUUCGCCAAGGCAAUAAAGCUGUUGCUGAUAAAAAGAGAAGAACUAAGAGGCUAGAACAUACCCAGUCCAGUAAAGUGGGGUCCUCAGGAGAACUGAAGAAAGGAGCUGCUUUCCUUGCCGUUUGUAGAGGAAAGGUUUCUGAGGGAAUCGAUUUUUCUGAUGAAAAUGCCCGCGCGGUUAUAAUUGUUGGCAUUCCAUUCCCCAAUGUGAAUGACAUCCAAGUUGCAUUAAAAAAGAAAUAUAAUGACACUCAUAAGUCAUCGAAGAACCUUCUGGGUGGAAAUGAGUGGUACUGUCAACAAGCCUUUCGUACUCUAAAUCAGGCUGCAGGCCGUUGCAUAAGACAUGCGCUUGAUUAUGGGGCCAUCAUUUUUUUAGAUGAACGCUUUCGUGAAGAAAGGAACAGAGCUUAUAUUACAAAGUGGCUCAAGAAAUCCAUCAAUCUGUACGAGUCCUUGGAUGCAUCACUUGAGGGUUUGAAAUCGUUCUUCAGAGAUGUCGGGGGACAGGUUGGUGAUAAAACCGUGGAUAUGGUACCGGGUUCUUGCACGGAUCCAGAGACUGCUUCAUGCAUCAAGCAAAGUAAGCUGCUUGCUAGAAAGAAUAAUCCAGGUGAUUCUGAUUGUGUGGAACUGAAGCUAAUUUCUGAUUCAAAGCAAGAGGCUGCUUUCAUCCAGCUAACAUCUCGAGGAAAUCUUGAACCAAAUCCCCUCCAAACAGCUGUUAUGGAUUGUGACAGAAAGAGGGAAUAUAUAGACCUGGACUGUGAUUUUGAGGAAAACCCGAGGUGCCCUGUAGCAGACAGCAAUGAGUUUCGUGAGGAUCCUGAAGUACUAGUGAAGGAUACAUGCGAUAUAUAUAGCAGCUUUGCCUCUCAUGCUGGGGGAUCUCUAUCUAAGGAUAACACUUCUCCCUCAUCAGUAAUUCAGUCUUCCGUCGAUUUCCCAGAUCAAUUCUCACCUCAUUCAGUGUCCUUAUCAGGUCUUAGCAAAGCUCAUUCUGUAACCCAAUGUUCUGCUAUUAUAACCUCUCAAAGAGAAGCUGCAACCGGAACCUUUGGCUUGAGCUCAGAGAAAGAAACUAUGUGCUCGAGUGUCAAUUCUCAUGCACAAAAAAGGAAAAAGUUCAUAUCUUCUCCAUUAGCUGGCACUGUCAUGGAUGAACAUUCAAAUGCUUUCAACACCUAUAGUUCAACCGAAAAGUCAACAACCCAUGGAGAUGCUAAUCGGAGAAUCAAGUUUGAUUCUGAAAAUAAACCAGCAGAACGGAUAUGCAAGAAAUCAAGUGUGGCUUCAUCAUUCCGAGUCACUGAUCGUGUCAUAGCUGCUGGGGACAAGAGACACCAGAUUUCUUGUUCUCUUUGCCGGGCCCCCUUUGGUCUUCCUGAAAGCAAUUUCUUUGUCCCAUCCUCACCAACCUCGCUGUCCAAAGUCCACUUGGCAAAACUGGUGGAAGAAAAGAUCGGAGCUGGCAAUGUUUGCACGCCAACAGGAAUACAAGUGUUAAUAACCGAUGUUUCAUCAGUAGCUCAGCAACUCUGGGAUGAUACGACUGAUGGACAUCGGGGACAAGCUACUUGGUGUGAAGAAGAUGGAUGUGUGUUCCAGACCAUCUUUUGCCCGUUUUGUAGUUCUCCUGGAAAUUGUCUCGGUGUACGGAUCAUGGCAACUGAUGCUUCUAAUAUCGACCUACUCAACAAGAUCUUGUUUUUUGCCGAUCAAUUGGAGAUUAAGGAGCUGAAAUCAUUAGAGGACACUGAUACAAAGGUUGUAGUAAAAUGCUCAGACCAGGCUGAGAAUGAUGCUUUAAAGUCCAUAGAGAAAUUUGCAUACAGUCCUAAAAAGCAGAACUCUGGAGGCUGGAGGACAACAAAGUCUAAGUUGCGGCUUCCAAGGAGACCACUGCUUUCUGACUGGGAAGAAUGAUCCAACUGCUUGGCUGGUUCUCAUUUGGCUACAGUAUAAACUGUAAGGCAUCUGAUCGAAUAUAUGUGGCUUCUCUGAAAUUGAAGAUCUCCUAGAGAUUUAGAGAUGGGCAUGAUCUCUCCUUGAUAAUUUGACGAGGUUGACCAUUGGGUGGACAGCCAGUAACGCUAUUCUUGCCUGCAUCAUUGCAUUUUACCGCAACUUCACUGAGAUUGCAGAAAUAUAUUUAGCUGUUGGUUGGUAGUUUGCCUUGAUUUGUUUCGGGGAAGCGACCGACUUUACCAUACUUAAGAAGCAUGUCAAGUUCUGUUCCAUGGAGAUACCUGUUGGCUUGUGGCAUGACAAACAUGGAAAACCAGUUCAAACAGAGGAACAUCCCUCAGAUGUCAAAGACAGUUCACACGCAAGUGGGAAAUGAUCAAAAUGGAAAACUUUGUAAAUGGUGACCUUUAGGAAACUGCAGACGUGUACCUACUAAUCCUCAUGUGAUACCACAUUCAUUUGGGCGAGAUGGGUUUGUAACUUGACGCAUUGACCAAAGGAUUUCAGAUUUUACAUCACAAGCUCAGGGCAUCAUCUUUCGAGCUUGGCACUCGCAUGUCUAUGGCGAAAGUGCAAGGGAGCCUUCUCAUCUUGGGCGUGCGCUCUUGUCGAUGUUAUUUUUCCCCUUCUUGGGUUUGUUACUCCAACGUACCUGUAAAGUGCUAUAGUUCUCUUUGGUCCAGAUCCCGAAAGCAGGUUUUGCAAUUAGUAGGCAGUGCUUACCUUGGAGUUCAAGUUUUUGUUCUCUUCACUUCUGGACUCAUUUGCUGAUACUGAGGGGCGUGCUAUUUUCAAUAAUAAUUUCGUUGCUACACUGGUUAA